AUGUUCGGCUACACGGGACGCGGGGGACCUUCGAGAGGAAUCGCGGAUGAAGAGAUUGCAAAGCUGGAGGCUGAAAGGGCAAGAAAGCAGGCAACGCUCGCGCUCGGCAUCUUCAGAAUCUGUCGCGACUAUAUCAACCAGGAGCUCAAGGAGCACGCGCCGCAGAAGUCCAUCAGACUCGCAAUCCAGAUCACCGUCUCCGCGCCGUGGUCUCCGCCACGGCAGCCCGUCGAGAACUAUCGCUCCCGAGAUGACUCGCCUCCUCGAAGAUAUGACGGCAAUAGGACCACGCGCCGGGAACGAAGGUUCUCUUCCGUGUCCAAAGGAUCCAGAGAUUCGCGGCCCCGUCACAGAGAUACAUCAAGGUCGCCAGAUGCCAACAGGCCGCGCUAUCGCGAGGACAAGCGCGAGUCUGAGCCGCAGAGAGAUAAUCGGGCUGGCCUCGAGGGCCCAGGACAGCAGCGGGAGCGUAGCCUGAGCCCCUUCAGCAAACGUGUAGCAUUGACCCGGUCCAGGGCUCCUUGA